AUGUCCGCACUCAAUCAAGGCGACGCGGUGGACGUCGAGCAGCACUUUGCUGUUUCGGAGGAGAAGAAGACCAAUGAGGCCAAGGAGGAUGUUGCCUACACCGAGCAGCUCGAGAUGAAGUCUAGGAAUGUUGAGUCCGCUGCGAUCGACGAGGUGUAUGGGCGCAAGGUGUACAUUUUUAACAAGAUCAUGAACGAGCACAUUGGCAUGACCUGGUGGCAGUGGGGUCUCCUUGGUGUCUCGGGUGUCGGCUGGCUUAUUGAUAACGCGUGGCUUCAAUUGAUUGCCAUCAUCCUGCCGCAAGUGCAAGUGGAGUUUGGGAUUCAGCAUCCCGAGUUCAUGACAAUCGCGCUCUAUGCGGGUCUUAUCUGCGGUGCUGCUUUCUGGGGUACUGCAGCCGACAUUGUCGGUCGUCGCCUGUCGUUUAACGCGACACUGUUUAUUGCUGGCGUAUUCGGUAUUGCCUCGGGAGGUGCGACGAGCUUUGUCGGUCUUGGUGGUCUGCUUGCCGCGCUUGGUUUUGGUCUGGGCGGCAGUCUGCCUGUGGACGGCAUGCUCUUCCUCGAGUUCCUUCCUGGUAACCGUCAGUACCUCUUGACCCUUCUCUCGGUCUUUUGGUCGCUGGGUCAGCUCAUGUCCUCGCUGAUUGGCUGGGGUCUCAUUGUGAAUUACAACUGUCAAACGGAUGGAACUGGAGCCCCGUGCUCCGCCAAGAACAGCCAGGGUUGGAUUGCGAACAACGCUGGUUGGCGCUACCUCAACUUUACGAUCGGCGCCUUCACGCUGGCCUGUUUCUUCCUGCGUUUUGUCGUGUUCAAGAUCCCCGAGAGCCCCAAGUUCCUUCUGUCCAAGGGCCGUGACGAGGAAGCUAUCGAGGCCAUGAAGAACUUUGCCAAGAUGUGCGGCAAGCCUAUUCCCGAUGACAUGCUCACGGUCGGCAUUCUCCGCUCGGCUGCUGGCCAGGACGGUGCAAUGGAUGACACUUCGAUCGAAGAGCUUGUUCACGAGCAGCCCAAGGGUAUCGUUGGAAGGUGUAUGCACCAGAUUCGUAUGCUCGCUUUCAAUGCCCGCUCGGUUCGGUUCACCAAGACUUUGACACACAUCAAGCCUCUCUUCUCGAACUUCGCUCUGGGCUACACCACGGCAGUUAUCUGGAUUCUGUGGGCUCUGAUCGGUCUUGCGUAUCCCCUGUUCAAUUCGUUCAUCAUUCUGUACCUCCAGGCGGCGAAUGGUGAUGGAGUGAGCAUUUACAACUCUCUCGCCGAGACCUACAGGAACUACGCGUAUAUCUCUCUAUGCGGUGUGCCUGGUAGUCUGAUUGCUACCUGGAUGGUAACCUUUCCUCGCAGCGGCCGUCGCGGUGCCAUGUCGAUCGGUACCCUGCUCAGUGGUGUCUUCUUGUUUGGUUUCACUGCGGUGGGAACCAGUGAUGGUACGCUCGCAUUCAGCUGUGUGACUGCCUUUACGCAAAACAUCAUGUACGGUGUGCUGUAUUGCUACACCCCCGAAUCCUUCCCUGCCCCCCUGCGUGGCACGGCCGACGGUAUCGCAUCGAGUCUCAACCGUCUCACUGGUCUGUUUGCCCCUAUCAUCAAGAUCUACGGCGUCCCCCAAAAGCCCAACCCCACGCAGGCUGCGACGCCGGUGUACGUUGCCGGUGCACUCUACCUGUUCUCUGGUCUUCUGAUGCUUACGCUCCGCGUGGAGACCUCUUCGCGUACGGCUCUCUAA